GACUGAAGUGGCUGGCUAGUGGAACUGCCUACAGGAAGAUGGUGUGAUGUAUUUAGUGGUGUACGGUGCUCUGUGUUGGGAGGGAAGACAACAGGGUAGAGGAGGCAGAGGCAGUGCACCAGAUGAGAGGAGAGAGGACGCCCCCUGUCCCCGCCAGCAGCCCUCACUGACCAUCAAUCACCCAGGGCCAUUGUGGUCCUGUCCAGGGUAGCCUACGGCACAGCCACCCAGCCCAGCCACCCAGCCAGUCAGGCAGAGGAGAGGAGAGAGGGGGCAGGGAGCUGUAGCCUGCAGGGAGAAAGUAAGGGGGAAAGAAUGGCAGUCGGGGAACGGCCUUCUUCGUGUUCCUCUCCCCAGCCGGCAUUGCUGGGCUUGGGGGCAGCUCUGCUCUCUUUCUGCAUCUCCGCUGUGCUCUCCCAGGUCCCGGAUCCAGAGCUUUUACCGACAGAUCCCCCAAAGAAGCCAGACCCAGUCACUUCAGAAACAGUCGUGUUCUGGGGACUGCGGUUAUGGCAAGUCAUUGGUAUCUUCUCUAUGUUUAUUCUAGCAGUCAUCAUCACCCUAUGCUGCAUCUUCAAAUGCCGUAUCCCCAGGACGAAGAAGGAGAUUGAGGCGCGACAUGCUCAGAGAGUAGCAGCUAAGGACUACGCCAACACACUGGAGACUGUGCCUCCUCUCAACGAGCUCACAGAGAUCCCAGGAGCUCUCCCGGACACUGUGUCCCUCUCGACGGUCUCUGAGCAGGUCCAGGCUCGCAGCGCCAGCAGCAGCCAGCUCCCAGUGGUGAGAGAGGAGGAGGAGCUCACUGGCCCCCUCACUCAGCCCGAGACGGGAUGACAUUCCUCCCUCCUUCUCCUCUCUCCUUUCCCCCUCACUCAGCCUGAGACUGGAUUACCUCCCUCCUUCUCCUCUUCCGUAUCUCUUCUCACCUUCCCUCUUUCCACAUUCCUAUCUAUAUUCUGACGAAGAGGACUAUCCACUAGAGGGAACAUUGGAACAUGCACCUCAGGAUUCAGUAAAUCACAGAAAAGCAUUGAAUAGUUGAAUACAAUAGUUAACUUAAUAGAUCAGCAUUCAUCGCUACUUCCUAGAAAGAAUGGCAUUGACAUUGUGGAGAAUGUUGCCUGCUGAAGAGUAAUAGUUGCAUGUGUUACAUACUUCAAAUGCUCUUUGUUGAUAUACUCAUCCUUGUGGAUAAUACAUUGAUUGUACAUUGGACACAGAACUGCAAAUGUGGAUGAUGAAAAAGUAGAGAUGAAUCUUAAGGCUUCUGACGGUGAUGUUGCAUGCCUACGGCUGUCACUCGUUGUUUAUUCAUUUCUCUCUUUCUCCUUCUCUGACUCAAUCUGUAAUCUUGGCUUUGUAUAAACACAUUAUGAUCUUUUAUGUAAGCUUAUACAGUAACACCCAUGACAACCAACCCUGGUCCUGGAGAGCUACAAGGUACACAGGCUUUUCUUUCUCAACCUUGCACCAACAAUGUCUUAAUUAUUAGUUGAAUCGCAUGUUUUAGUAUGGGGGGGGGGAAUGCCUGCACACCAUGUCAAGUUCAUCCACGUCUAAGGUUGGGCGUCACUGACAUAAUUUACUUGUCAUUUAUCUCUGUCUUUCUGUCUGAUCCAGGUGGGUGUGUUUCUGUCCAUGCCCAUCUGUCCUCUUGAAGUAUCACACAGGCUUACAUGGACAUACAUAGGUCUGGAAUAUCAAAUCAAAUCUGAUUUGUCACAUGCGCCGAAUACAACAGGUGUAAACCUUACAGUGAAAAUGCUUACUUAUACAAGCCCUUAAUCAACAAUGCAGUUUUAAGAAAAACAAGUGUUAAG